UUUUAAAUUUUUGCACACGUGAAGGAACGCGUGGAUUUACUAACAUGAUCUUGGCAAACGCCUUCUGCAUCCUCUUCUUCGUAGAUGAGAUCCUCCGCUCGCUGGCUGGUCCCCCGUCCCCACCGGGGCAGGACCCCCAUGGCUGGCGGGUGCCCGUGGACUGCGUGCGAGCCAACGAGCUGUGUGCGGCGGAGCCCAGCUGCAGCUCCCGGUACCGCACGCUGCGGCAGUGCCUGGCCGGCCGCGACAGGAACACCAUGCUGGCCAACAAGGAAUGCCAGGCAGCCCUGGAGGUGCUGCAGGAGAGCCCCCUCUAUGACUGCCGUUGCAAGCGAGGGAUGAAGAAGGAGCUUCAGUGCCUUCAGAUCUACUGGAGUAUACACCUGGGGCUGACCGAAGGAGAAGAAUUUUAUGAGGCUUCCCCCUACGAGCCGGUCACCUCUCGUCUCUCUGAUAUAUUCAGACUUGCUUCAAUUUUCUCAGGAAUGGACCCCGCCGCCAACUCCAAAAGCAACCACUGCCUCGACGCGGCCAAAGCCUGCAACCUGAACGACAACUGCAAGCGCCUGCGCUCGGGCUACAUCUCCACCUGCAGCAAGGUCUCGGCCACCGAGCACUGCAGCCGGAGGAAAUGCCACAAGGCCCUGCGCCAGUUCUUCGACCGCGUCCCCAGCGAGUACACCUACCGCCUCCUCUUCUGCUCCUGCAAGGACCAGGCUUGUGCGGAGCGCCGGCGGCAAACCAUCGUCCCCUCCUGCUCCUACGAGGACAAGGAGAAGCCCAACUGCUUGGAUCUGCGCAACACGUGCCGGACGGAUCAUCUCUGCCGGUCCCGGCUGGCUGAUUUCCACACCAACUGCCAAGCCUCCUUCCAGUCCCUGACGAGCUGCCCCGGGGACAACUACCAGGCGUGCCUGGGCUCCUACGCGGGGCUCAUCGGCUUCGACAUGACGCCCAACUACGUCGACGCCAGCACCACCAGCAUCACCAUCUCGCCCUGGUGCUCCUGCAAAGGCAGCGGCAACAUGGAGGAGGAGUGCGAGAAGUUCCUCCGAGACUUCACGGAAAACCCCUGCCUCCGAAACGCCAUCCAAGCCUUCGGCAACGGCACCGAUGUGAACCUCUCCCCCAAGAACCCCUCGCCCCCCGUCACCCUGCCACCGAAGGCGGAGAAGAGCCCUGCCUUGCCGGAUGACAUCAACGACAGCAACACCAUGUACGACACAAGCGUUAUCACCACCUGCACCUCUGUCCAGGAGCACGGAUCGAAGCUAAACAAGUCCAAAGAGCAGAGUCUGUGCUACUCAGAGACCCAGCUGACCACGGACAUCAUGCCAGACCAGAAGACGUUCGUGGACCAGAAGGCAGGCGGCAGCCGACACUGGGCGGGCCGGACCCUGCCCGUUGUGCCCAUCCUCCUGCUGAAGCUGGCGUUGUAGAGGGGCGAGGACGGCAGCGGCCGGCGGGACGGGGACGCUGGAGCGCUGGCUCUCGCCUCGGCUCCCGCUGCGGCGAUGGGGCAGGGAAGGACGGCCUCGUGCCGGAGACCCAAACGCUCAGAAACACCGGGGGUGCCGAGCCUGGGCACGCCGGGCGGCAGGAGGACCCUCACCACGCCGGGAAACUUUGGUGGUUUUCUUCCUAUUUACAUUUCCCGCACCCCCCCUUUUUUUUUUUUAAUGUGGUUUUGGUUUUUUUUGGUCUUUUAUCGUGCGUUGGGUUUCUUUUCUAAAGCAGGAGCCCACAGCUCGUGGCGAAACCCCUCCCGCGUCCCCUGCAACAGGGGUCCAGAGCUGCGAGCGGCACCGGGGAGGGAAAAUAAGCGUUGAGCAGAGCUUUGGCAGAGGUUAUUUUCGGGACCCAUCAGCCCAGGUGCUCUGGGGUGGCCGUGGGGACGGCGAGGUUUCCUCAUCGGAGCAUCCCGGAGGAUGGACUCGCUGUCGGGAGGCUCUUCUGCAUCCUUCGAGGGGACUCGCUGGAGCUCUUGACAUUGUUAUUGGGGUUUGGGGGUUUUUUAUUUUUUCCUUUUUUUUUUUUUUUCUUUCCCGUGGUCAGCGAGAGUUUUAAAAUGGAAGAGAAAAGAAACUGCUGUUCAAAUGCUGUGAGGUUGUGCCGAUGUUUUCAGUCUGUCGCUUGGAGGGGGAGAUUUUUAUUUUCUUUUUAUUAUUUUUUUUUUUCUUUAAUCUUCUUCCGGUUGAAUUUGGGUUGGGAUGGGAUCUGACCCAUCGGUGGUCGGAAACCUCUAUAUGCUCCUCUCCAUUUUCUUUCUUUUAUAUAUACAUAUAUAGUGUAUGUAUAUAGCACUCACCUAUACCUACAUAUAUGUAUGUAUAUACAUAACCAUAUACAUCUACAGUGUGGCUUUUUUAAGUUCCUCUUCUCCUUUAUUUAAAAAAAAAAAAAUUGCUCAAGUGGCAACAACUUAAAAAUGUAUUAUUGUAAAGUUUAUUUUUUUUAAUAAUGUCUAUAAUGGAAAAAAAAAAAAUAAACCAAGAACAACCAACCGAGGAACGAAGCAGCACCGAAAGCCGAGCUCUGCCGAGCAUCCGCCUGCGCCCCGGUGCGUGUCCGGCCAAGCAUCCCCAGCCCGGGGGAGGAUACGGGGGCCCUUCAGCUGCAAAAACGCAAGGAUUUGGGUCAGUCUAAAUAUUUUGCAAUGCUGCGAACAAUUCCCUGACUGUUUUGCUCCGGGAGACAAGCAAACAUUUCAAAGGAGCUGACACGUUCCCGUGUGGCAGGGUUUUUUUUUUCAUGUGCAAUAACUUUGUUUUUGAAAAUACCAUCCCCUUCCCUUAAUGUCUUCUUUUUUUUUUUUCUUUCCCCGAGCAACCUGACAGCGCUUAAAACCAAACCGAAACGUUGAGAUUUAGGUCACGCAAAACAUCAAAUUUCUCGAGCCAGACAAAGAUAAUUGUUUUUUGUUUUGUUUUUUUUUUUUUCUCCCCACUUUACUGCUCGUACCAGGGAGCAGAAAUGUCAACCCCCAUCCAGCUCUGCCGGUGGAAAAUGGGAUGUCAGGGGCAUCUUGGGGACCUGGGGAUGCUGAAAUCUGAGCUGAAGGACGAGCUGGGCGCUGGUAGAUAGGGGAGGGAUGGAUAUAUAUUCCCUUCUGCAGCACGGAAAAAGAAAACACGUUUGAUGUGGAAGUUGGCGCAGGGAAAAUAAACAUGUCACGUCUCUCGCA